AUGCGUUUUACGCCUGCGACAUCGCCGUGCAACUUAGGCGCGCAGUUCGCCGCGACGGCGCACGCAGCACGCGCCUUUCGUAUCGGGCGGACGAGUUCGGCACACACAAAUCGCGCCGAAUACGUAGUUCUCACAUUUCGUCUCUGCUGUCCAUUCGGCAGUUUCUCGGUUGCUCGCCUUUGCAACCAGCACCGCUCUCUCCCUUGCUCCGCGCUCAGACCUACAUGCGCUCUAUCCACCCCCUGGACGCUCUCCCUCAGCGAAUCGCCUCCCUUCCCACCAUCGCGGCGCCUCUCCCCUUGCCCCCGCAGUGACUCGCUUCUCCCUUCGGCAUCGCAACGCCCUUCCCCUCGGCGUCGCGCUGUUGAGGUAUUGCAGCUUCUCAAGGCCAUGCGCGGCGAGCUGCUGCCGGGCGCGCACGUGCUGGGCUUCCUGCGGCGCGUGUGCAAGCUGCUCUUUCUGCGCGUCCGCCCGCUCAUCGUCUUAGACUGCGCCACGCCCGCGCUCAAGCACCGCACCGUCCUUGCGCGCCUUCGCCAGCGGGAGAACGCGCAGAUCUACCUGCGCUGGACAGCGGAGAAGCUGCUGCUCAACCAGGUGCGCGUGGCCAGGGGGGAGAAGGGGGUCGCAGAUGACGGCCAGUUCUCUCCGCCCCCUUCUCCUGUGUUCCGCACCUGUUUUUAUCCACCCUCCGUGUCAUAUAUCCCCUCUCUGUCCCCUGUCCUCUCCUCUCAUUCCUAA